UUUGAAGUGGUUAUCGCUGGUCUCCUCGUAUCUUCCAUUACUAUGGCAUGCGCUGUUGUUGUUACGGGUCCAUUUUGCUGUCAGCAGUGUCGUAUGUCAACGACGUUUAUCGUCCUUUUGACAGGGGUCUGCGUUGGAACGGCUUGCUUUGUGUACUGGCAAGCAAAUAUUGAAGGACAAACUUUUACAUUGCAACAUGUACCAAUUCAUGACUUGUUCUCGUAUGAGUAUGUGAGUUUCCAAUUCGUUCGUUAG